CUGGUUACCUAUGAAUGGAUAGUGGGGAAUUAAGAAGGCUGUGGCAUCUUGUAGUGAUCUUCUGAGUCUCCUCUAUGACCUGUCAGCCACCUGUCCUAGUCCUAUACAUAUACCGUGCUUAGCUUUAAAGGUGGUAAUUGGUUACAGAGGGCAAUAAUUUCUCUAAGAGUGUAUUCCAGGUGUUAUAAAUCCUUACAAACUUCAUUAUGUGCUUCUUGUCACGUAGAUUGUUUUGCUAGUGUAGCAAAGCUGACAUUUAGAACUGACUGAAUUAUGUUUGUGUUACACUGGCUCCAAGGUUGUGUUGUCCAUUGCAAAGAUUAGGUUGCCUAGUUUGGAAAGGCCUGGACUGUUGACUGUGAAGAGAUUGUGUGGUAGUUUAGGAGACUGUUUAUGACACUGUUUUUAUUUCUUGCUCCUUAAUGUAUGUUUAUCGAAUUGAUGAGCUGCUCUUUUCCCUCAACUCUACAUUCUGUUGCACAGCAGUGUUAAUGGAAGCUACCCAAAGCUUCAUUCCCCACAUUGGCUAAGUUUUUAUAGUGACUUGCAAACAUGCUGAGACUCAUGCCUAGUGAACAUGCUGUGGGCAUGUCUUACUGGAGUUUUGGCAAGUGCAUUGUCUUUCUACUGUGAAUGCAAUGAAUCAAAGACUAUCAGUGGAGUAUUUAUGUAUAUAGGAGACGCUUAUGACCUUUUCAUUUGUGUGAACUCUCUUUGUGUGCACAUUAUCACAAUGCUAAAGUGGUAAGCGGAAUUAUAUUUAAUAUAGCUAUAAAUUUGAAGUUUCAACCAAUACUCACCCCCUUGAUACAUCCUAUCCUGUUGAUCCACCUUAAGGUAUAUUAACUUAAUCUAACAUUUUGAAGCCUCCUAACAACAGAGAGGGGGUGCUUUGCCUUCCCCCCCAUCCCAUUAGGUACACUAACCUAACCUGGUAUUUUGUGACACCCUGACCAGGGACCCAUAAAGCCAACACAAUUAAUGUUUACUCUCGGUUCUUGUCAGUAGGGCAUAACAAAACUGCUUGUUGUGGUAGUAUACUCGCUGUACUUCAGGUUUGAUUUUUUUUACACACUCAGCUGUUAUUGACUCUUACUGAUGCUUUUGAAAAUCCAUACCACGCCAGAAACAGUUAGACUGCUUUUAGGUUAGGUCAGAUUAGAUUGGUUUUAGGAUUAUGUUAGCUUAGAUUAAGUUUGUUUUGGUUUACUGGAUUGGGGAUAUCAAAAUAGACAAAAUUUUGCAUUUACUUUAAAAAUCUAAGGAGACAAUCAACCAUAUUUGGCAAAGAAAGGACCUUUUGUACACUUUUACCAUGGUAGAGAUAAAUAUAGAUGUACUGUAGCAUUUGUGUAUGUGUGUGUGUUUUUGUGUGUAUGUAUGCGCAUAGAGAAAGAGACUCCCUGGGACGAUCAUCUUUGCAGAAAAGUCACUUGAUCUGAGCAGGAAGGUGUGAAAGGCAUAUAACAGAGGUGGCUGCCUUGGAAAAUCCACUGCAAUAGCACUAUGGAUGCUGCAAACUUGCUAUGACACUACUGUGAAUUCUUUGUGACAGUGCUGGAAAACCCCUGUAAAUGUGCUAUAACUCCCAGAUGUGGAUGGCGUAGUCUGCACACUGCCAAUACACUCUCACAGAGGCAGGUUUCAAAGCCCAGCACAGGCUCAGUCAAGGUUUGGUACAUCCCUAACCCCUUCAAGUGGCUGCACAAUCGUAUGGAAAUUGCGGCAUUGCAGAAAGAAUGGGACUCAUCAUUCAAUCUAGAGACAUUCAAACUUGGAGCAGCACAGGCCAUCUGCACCGUCAGUGACCUGAUGAGCCAGCGGGAGUGGGGGGAGCUGCGUGGCCUGCUCACACAGAAAGCUAUUGACAACCUUCGCGCAACAAAGUGGACUUUUGACCAAACCCACAACCUCACCUUGUGUCCUGAGAAUGUACAGACCAUUGUAAUAAAAGAUGUAAAGCUUCAGUCCAUAGUGGACCAGAAGUACUGUGACAUAGACGUCCUGUUGAUAGGAGCACGGGAGCCGUACAGUGUGGAGAAACACUCUCUUGUCGUCCUUGAGUAUUUUGCUCGAUUUCAUCGGAAUUACAGUGAAGGAAGGUUGCCGGAAUGGACCAUCACUGUGUUCAAGCUACAGAGCUUCCAGGCUGCACCACAACGAACCCAAACAUAGCAGUGAGUGUGUAAUGUUUAGCAAUGUAGAAUAAGGACCAUAGAAGUUAUUGGAAAAGAAUAUAUUUGUUAGAUAUGUUCUUAUUAUAUUUUUAAUAUGA